CGCACUCAGAUGGGAUGGAUGCGUUCGUUUUGUUUGUGUGCACACAGCAGCCAGUGGAGGUGUGCAUCGCACACAUUCAGGCAGGCAGGCAGGCAGGGGCAUGCGUAGAGAAGGGUCUUCUCUGUCUGUCUGUCUGUCUGUGCGCAUAAAGGAAUGACAUGAAGGGACACCUUGAAGCUAGGAGGAUGGCUAAAUGACAGACACUGUCAGACAGACAUGCAUGCCUCUAGCUGUCAGCUAUCUAUCUCUAGUCCUCAUGACACAGAAGAAGAAUCCGUCUCUGCCCCUGCUGACCGGCAGGUGGGUCACACCCCCACUAAAUGACACAAUGGGGCCAUCGCCAUCCACAUUCCUCACCCCCUCCCCCCUCUGCUCCCCAUCCCCACACUCAUCGUCGUCAGGCAUUGCGACGCCACCCUGGCCGUCGCACGCCACACUCGCACCACACACAUCCAGCCCCAGCUGACGCGUGAAGUACUCGAUCUGCUGCUCAUUCUCCUCUUCCUACACACAUCCACACACACACACACACAGAGAGAGAGACAGAGAGAGAGAGCCAUGUUAGCACACGUGUUGGCACACCUCAGUCAUUUCGCCCACUCACUCACCGUGAUGGCACACGUGGAGUAGACGAGCCUGCCCGUUGUGGGCUUGACGAACUCCACGGCCCUCUCCACGAUCUCCCUCUGCGUCUUGACCAGGCCCCCCAGCUCACUCUCAGCAAACAGCCACCUGUACUCGGGGUGCUUUCGCAGCGUCCCCGUGUUGCUGCAGGGCACGUCACAUAUGACCCAGUCGAAGCUGCGGCGCAUCCUCUUGGCCUGCUGGGGGUGUGAGAGCCGGUCGGGCGUGAUGCACUCGAAGUCCUCGACGCCUGCGCGGGAGAGGCGGGCGUGGGCCUUGUGCAGAGACUCCUCUCGGACGUCGUGCAGCACCAGGGGGCAGGGGCCGUCGAAGGUGGUUGAUGGCGGGGUGGCUGUUUGGGUGGGAAUGAGGACAGGCAGACAGACAGACAGACAGACAAGUGGAUGGAUGUGGUGUGUGUGGAUGGUGUGUGUGUGUGUCACGGACUCACCGGUCCUCUUGAGUCUGUGCGCGAUUGCGAGUGACUUGCCGCCGGCACCUGCAUACACGCAUACACCCAUCCAUCCAGUCACGGCGUCCGUCACUCACGACAUACGCACCGGCGCAGUAGUCGAGAACCCGCUGAUUGGGCCGGCAAUCGAUGCUCUCUGAAAGCACACACACCAGACACAACAAACAGGACACACACUUUCUCUGUCUGUGUGUGGAAUGAGAUGAUGUGUGGUUGUCUGCUUGUCUGUCCGACCGGCGACGAUCUGUGUGGACUCGUCCUGCACCUCCACCACACCAUCGAUAUACAAAGGCAACCGGUGAAUCGGAAAUCUGACACACAACACAACGGAACACACAACGACAAAAUCUAUGCGGCGUGUGUGAGUGAGUGUGUGUGUGUGUGCCUGACUGACAGACCUGUCGUUGAGUGUGCGUAUGGCGAGUGCCGGUCCAGCGGGCUGUGCGUCGAGGCCCCGCUUCUUCAGCACAGCCAACACAUCCUCACGAUUGGCCUUCAGCGGGUUCACUGACCCAGCCACCCACCAGCAGACAUUAGCACAUUAACCAUCCACGGCGAAUGGUGCUUGGAUGGGUGUCUACUGAGGCAUACUGACCUCUCAGAUACAGCGGCGCCCACUCAUUGAAGAUGAGUCCGAGCUCCAUGGCCCUGUCAUGCCCCCAGCGGCCGGCCAGCCGGUCGAACAGCGGGGCGGGGAGGGACACGCGCACAUCCGGGGGGAUGGAGGCGUCAUCCACCAGCUCAGCCCACCCGCCUGACAAUACACGCAUCCGAGCGACGUGCACAGGUGGGUCUCUCAGACCGACCGUCGAGAUAGGUCUGCAGCCUCGUUUGCCAGAGGGCGGGAUCGGCGCUGCCCUUGCGGCCUGACAGCUCCGGCAAGGUGCUCUCAUCGAUGCCAGCAGCGUGGUCCAGCAACCUCCGCCACCUCACAAGAUUGUACAGGCACUGCAGGCAGACAGACACACACAGCACAGAGAGGGAUGCUAAUAAUGCACUCGCUCCAUGCACUGCAUCCAGUCGGCAUUGCAGUCACUGACGUACUUACAUCUGUGACUUGGUUUCUGAGGUCUGGGUCAAUGCGUGCAGAUGACACCUCCCGGAAGAACCUGCCGUUGAAGUCCCGUGGCGAUGUGGUCUCCAGGUGGUUGAUCAGUCGCUUCAGACUCUCCAAGAUGAAUGGACUGCCCAGCAACCUACGAACCACACAAGCACAAGCCGCACACAGCCAAUGAGUCAUGAGCGUAGAUCUGCUUCUCCAUGGACGCAUCUCGCACGCUGCAUACCUGUCACAUUGCACUCUGUGGAUUCCCAUCGAAAAAAAAUCCUUCUUGACUCGCCAGCCAGCGGUUUCAGGGAGCACCCUAGCCGGAUGGCGAGCUUUUUGUAGGAAAGCCUUCCCUCUCGUUUCC